AUGCAGUGCGCCACGCGGCUCUGCACGUCGGACCCCGCCACCGAAUCUAUUGCGCGCGCCUAUAAUUCGGUCGCACCUGGGGCAGCAUGCCUGGCGCUCGGCGCAAGGCUCGAGGGUGGCGCCGUGUGGGAGCCGCCGCGCAUGGCGAUUGCAGUGGACUCGCAGCUGUGCUUCGCACACCCCGGCCGCCAGCGUCGGUUCAGCAGCCAGGCCGGCCACACCGCCUGGGUGGACUGCCUGAUCGAGGUCGCGCCAGGCAGAUAUGCCAGUGGUGCCAGAGACCGCACAGUCAAAUUGUGGGCGCCCUGGGCCCACGCCCACGCCGCCGACGGCGCCGCCACCGCGGCCCCUGCGGCCCCGGUGCGCACGCUGCGCGGCCAUGGCGACUCGGUCACGGCUCUGCUGGCUGUGUCGGGGGCCGGGAUCGGCGGCGGGGACGGGGAGGGUGGCAGCGCGGUAGUAGGCCCCGGGGCCCCACAGCAGCAGCAGCAACAGCAGCAGCAGCAACAGCAGCAGCCGGCGGUGCUGGCGUCUGCGAGCCUGGACAGGACCGUGCGUGUCUGGAGCCUCGCGCCGCUGCUGGGCGGCGGCGCUGGCAGCGGCGGCGCUGGCGGCGGCGGCGGCGGGGCCCAGCUGGCGGUGCUGCGUGGCCACGGCGACGCCGUGCGCGCGCUGCUGCGCCACCCCACCAGCGGGACCUGCCUCGUCAGCGGCGCCCGUGACCGGCGCGUCAAAGUGUGGGACCUGGGCGGCGGCCGCCAGGGCGCGUGCGCGGCGACCCUGGUGACGGCGACCGCGGCGGUCCAGCUGCACUCUGACGCGUCGCUGUUCGUUUGGUCAGCGCUGGAUGGCCAGCCCCUGCGCAGCCUCAGCAGCACCGAAUCGCCGGUGCAGCUGCAGCAGCAGCUCAACCCCCACGAGGCGCUCUUCCAGGGAGGGGACGACGACGCAUGGGAGCUACUGGAGGCUCUGGACGCGGACCAGAUGCAGGCGAUGAUGAUGGGGGCGCACCACCAGCACCACCAACACCAUGGCGGCGGCGACCCUGCCGAUGGCGGCGAUGAGGACGGCGACGCUGACGACGCCAGCUCAACCAGCAGCAGCAGCAGCAGCAGCAACAGCAGCAGCAGCGCCGGCGCCGGCGGCGGCGAGGGCGCCGGCGUGGCGGACGGUUGGGCGGCCGGGGACGGAUUGGACGAGGAUGAGGGGCCGGCCGACGAGCGCGGCGCCAUCGCGCGCGCCAAGGAGUCGGGGGUGCUGGGGCGGCUGGAGCCGGGCGUGCUGGCGCUGGCUGUGGACGGGCCGCUGGUGGCGACGUGCAACACGCUGGGCUUGACGCUCGUGGCGGAUUACUCACGGGCCACGCUGGCGCACGGCUGGUGGGAGGCGGGCGCCGACCGCCCGGCGCUGCGCGGCGGCGCGGCGGCGGCGGAGGAGGGCGACAGCAGCGGCAGCGAAGACGAGGGCCUGGCCGGCAGGUUUUGGUCUGCGAUGGCGAUUUGA